AUGUUUGAAGGGAUCAGGACAAAGCAGAUGAUCAAGAGGCAACAGACUAGGGAGAAGCUACAGACUUGCAGGUGGACAAUCACACCAAAUUACUCAGAGAUUCUUGAGGAGAAUAAAAAAUAUGCCAAGUACUGCCAGGCUGACAGUGCUGGUGAAACAAUUUGGCAAGUAACAAGCAAAGAAAAGCAAUAUUGUGUGGACAUGGCAACCUGCACAUGUGACUGCAAGAGAUGGAACAUGACAGGUGUACCUUGCAGUCAUGGCAUAUCUGCAAUGACAAAGCAGAAGCUGCAUCCUGAGGACUAUGUGUCUGAAUUCUUCAAGAAGCCAUUGUACAUGGAGACAUACAAAGCAAUUAUUUACCCUGUCCCUAGUCCAGAUUGCUGGCCUGAUACAAACACUCAAGACAUUCAUCCUCCUGUGUUUAAAGAAAAGGCAGGCAAAAAGCAGACAGCAAGGAGGAAGGGAGAGUUUGAAGUUCCAGCUCCAAGAGACACAAGUAGGAUGGGCACUAUCACAUGUGGAAACUGUGGUUUGGAAGGACAUAGGUAUAAAACAUGCAACAAGACUCUGAAGCCUAGUCUUCAGAUGAGGAAAAACAAACACCAGGAAAACAGGGCAGUUUACUCUGAUAUACCUGCUGCAACAACCACCUCAGUCCCUGUUGCAAGAGGUAGAAGAGGAGCACAAGCUGCAUCUCAACCAGGUCCUUCUACUUCUGCACCAGGCCCUACACCAAGAGCUAAAAGAGGUAGGACUGCAGGUGGAGGGAGGACUCAUGGAUUCACUGCACCAAGAGCUGCAACCACUUCUGAUAUUCAAGUUGGGAGCAAGAGGAAGAGGACCCCAAGCUCAAAAUUGGCAGACUACUUCUACUGUAGUGGUAACUACUGA